UCAUUGGUUAUUGAAGGGUGGAUUUGUGUGGAGGAGAAUGCUGCAGCUGUGGAUAGUGUUGGUCACUUUCAGUUGUCUCUUCCUUUAUGUGUUUAUUCUUCCUAAAUGGCGCAAUAGACAUAUUCCUGGACCAAGACCUUCGUUGUUGUUGGGAAAUGUAUCCGAACUUUCGAGACAAGGUGGAACUGCUCCUCUGGUCUUUGAGCGCUUCCGAAAGCAAUAUGGAGACGUAUUCCAAAUCUGGUCUUUUUACAGACAAAUUGUGGUGAUUAGUCAUCCCGAUGAUAUCAAAUACAUUAUAGUAACCAAAAACUUUCCCAAAGCUGAAGAGUUCAACUUGUCAUUGUCACCUCUAGCAGGGCGUGGUUUAUUGACUGUUGGAAAAUCUCAGCAUCAGGAAAGAAGAAGAGCUAUAUCGAAACACUUCAAUGAAGACUUUUUGCGUCAACUUCAUCGCCAUAUGAGAGUCGAACUAAUGAUUUUACUUUCCAAGUUACAACAAGUGACGGAAAGGAAAGAGUCGAUAGACUUUGAUAAAGAAGCAACUUCAUAUACUUUAGACGUAAUGUGUAGAACUGGGUUUGGAUGUACAGCAAAUACCCAGGAAGAUGCGAGUCAUCCCAUUUCAAGAGCGGUGAAUGUUUCUUUAAGGGAAAUGUAUCAUAACUUGGUUGCUUAUCCCAUACGAAAUUGUUUCGGAUUAUAUUCUUCUCCAGCUUUAAAGAAUGCUACAGGAGUUAUUCGCGAAUUCGCUUCUCAAGUAAUUGAAGCAAGAAGGACAGAGUCGGAAGAAGACAAGACCCGACGACCUUUGGAUUUGUUGGAUAUUUUCUUGAAAAUGGAUAAUCUGUCGGAUCAGAAUAUUAUUGCAGAAAUUGCUACAUUUCUCGUCGCUGGACAUGAUACUACUUCGCAUACAAUGUCUUGGUUGAUAUACGAAGUCUGCCAACAUCCGGAAAUAGAACAAAAGAUACAACAAGAAGUUGAUACAAUUUGGGGAGAUAGACAAGAUUGGAUGUUGAGUUUUGAAGAAAUUGGUCAACUUGAAUAUCUCAACAAGGUGUGGAAAGAGACUUUACGUAAACAUCCUGUUGCAGCUACUGGUACACUUCGACGUUUGGAUACUGAUGUGACACUUCCAUCUUGUGGAAUGCUACUUCGAAAGAAUACUGCAAUCUUAGUUCCCAUUUAUUUAGUUCAUAGGAAUCCAGAGUUUUGGCCUGAUCCAGAAACAUUUGAACCAGAACGCUUUACGAGAGAGAAUACCAUGAAAAGACAUCCUUUUGCCUUUCAAGCUUUUAGUAAUGGUCCACGAAACUGUAUUGGUCAGUUUUUUGCUACUCAUGAAGCUUUGACAACUUUAUCUUCACUUUAUCAUUUUUUUACUUUUCGUCUCGCUUGUCGUGCGGAAGAUGUGAAACCCUAUCAUGCUAUGACUAUGAAACCUUCAGUUGGAAAAGUUUCAGAAGAUGCGAAAGGUGUUUCCGAAUAUGUAAAACUACCAGUAUGGGUAACACCAAGAAAUACCAUGGCUCAUCUCAGAGAAGAGUAAAUUUAUAAAGAGAAACAUUGAUUU